AUGAAUGCAACAAGUGGUGAUUUAGCCAACCCCGCGACGUGGCAAGAUAUCAGAGGUGAUUUUCCCAACUGCACCGAUGUAGAAGUCAGUCUGAAGACUUUGUACCUCCCUGUUAUGUACAGCCUCAUCUUUCUGGUGGGCUUCCCAGGAAAUGUUAUUGCAAUCUGUGUUUACAGCUUCAAGAUGAGGCCUUGGAAGAGCAGCACCAUCAUCAUGCUGAACCUGGCACUCACAGACCUGCUCUACCUCACCAGCCUUCCGUUUCUGAUACACUACUAUGCCAAUGGGGAGCGCUGGAUCUUUGGGGAAUUCUUGUGCAAGUUCAUUCGUUUUGGCUUCCACUUCAACUUGUACAGCAGCAUCCUCUUCCUCACUUGCUUCAGUGCCUUCCGCUACAUGGUGAUUGUCCACCCUAUGAAGUUUUUCCAUGUCCAGAGGAAGCGGUGGACAGCAGUGGCCUGUGCAGCCAUUUGGGUGGUCUCCCUGGCAGCUGUCAGUCCCAUCAACUUCUUGAUCUCCUCAAAAGAGGAGCAAAACAGAUCCUUAUGCCUUGAUUUCACCAGCUCUGAAAACCUGGGUGCAAUCAGGUGGUAUAACUGGCUGCUCACCAGCCUGGCCUUCUUCUUGCCCCUGGUGACAGUGACUCUGUGCUAUGCACUUAUUAUUUCUGCCUUGGCCACUGGACCCCAGACAUGGGCUAGCCACAAACAGAAGGCUCGCAGACUUGCCAUCAUCCUCUUGGUGGUCUUCUAUGUGUCCUUCCUCCCCUUCCACCUUUUUCGGGUAGCUCGGGUUGAACUGCAGUUGUGCCCAGUCAGCUGUCAUGUUGAGAAGCAGAUUCAUGCCAUCUACAUCAUCUCUCGACCUCUGGCUGCACUCAACACCUGUGGUAACCUUCUGCUGUACGUCGUGAUGGGAGAUAACUUCCAGCAGGCCAUCCUUUCACUCUCAUGGUGCAAGAGGAGCAAAUGCAUCCAGCCACCUGGGAGCAGUAAUUUUGUGAACAAGUCAGAAAUCACCUUAAGGAUAUAG